UGUAAUAUAUUACAUCUGUUCAAAUCUGUUUCAUAGAUCAACAUCUCUUUAUUUUAUUUUUUCUUUCUGAAAAGUGCACGUCUGUAAAGAAGUCAAGCCUGUGGGUGAGACCUGUGUGAUGCAUGUGGCAUGAGUCCAAAAUUCUAAUAGAUCUAAAGGUUGGGUGAAAUAUGUCUUAACCCUAAUCUGUAAUACCUCCCCUCCUCAUAACUCAUUUAACAUAAAAAGUCUGACAGUAGAAUAGACAGUCACAGACAGGAGGGGAAGCUAACAGUUACCUGUGACAACUAGAAAAAAUGGUUAAAAAUGUUGCAGUGAUUGGAGCUGGAAUCAGUGGUUUGGCGGCUAUCAAAUCCUGCCUGGAAGAAGGUUUGGAGCCCACGUGCUUUGAAAGAAGUGAUGAUAUUGGAGGCCUCUGGAGAUUUACGGACAAUUCAGAGGAUGGGAGAGCCAGUAUCUACAACUCUUUGGUCACCAAUGUUUCCAAGGAAAUAAUGUGUCUCAGUGACUUUCCAAUGCCAGAGGAUUUUCCCAACUUUCUGCCCCAUCACAAAUACUUUGAGUAUUGCAGAAUGUAUGCAGAACAUUUCAAACUGCUAAAAUAUAUCAGAUUUAAGACGGAGGUUUGCAAUGUACAGCGAAAAUCUGAUUUUUCUGUAACAGGACAAUGGGUCAUAGAGACCAAAACCAAUGGGAAAACAGAGACCACAAUCUUUGAUGCUGUUAUGAUAUGUACUGGUCAGCAUGAACAACCCGUGUUCCCUUUGGAUUCAUUCUCAGGCAUUAAGAAGUUUAAGGGGCAGAUUCUGCAUUGCCGACAAUACAAGAGACCUGUUGGUUUUGAUGGGAAACAAGUGUUGAUUGUGGGAAUGGGUAACACUGGAGUUGACAUUGCUACGGACCUCUGUACCAAAGCUGCAAAGGUAUAUCUUAGCACAAGAACUGGUGUCUGGGUGCUCCGUCGACUUGGACAAGAUGGAUAUCCAUGGGAUUUAAGUUUCAUCACACGAUUCAGAAGCUGGAUUCGAAACACAGCGCCACCAUCAAUAGCACGAUGGCUUCUUAAGAAGUAUAUGAAUGACCAAUUUGACCAUAGUUUCUAUGGAAUACAACCUGAAGGCAUUGUGUGGAAGGAGCCUUUAGUGAAUGAGGAGCUCCCAAGUCGUCUUCUUUCUGGAACUAUUGUGAUAAAACCAGAAGUGAAAGAAUUUACUGAGACUUCAGUCUGUUUUGAAGAUGGCACCAGAGUAGAUAACCUUGAUGUUGUGAUCUUCGCCACUGGGUAUCAGUUCUCCUUUCCCUUUCUGGAGGAAUCGGUUAUUAAGGUGGAUGAUAGCAAAGGAUUUUUGUACAAGAGAGUCAUUCCAGUUGGCCUCCAAAAGCCAACGCUUGCUGUCAUUGGUCUUGUUUUGCCUAUUGGACCAAUCAUGGUGCUUUCUGAACUUCAGUGCCGAUGGGCCACCAGACUAUUUAAAGGAUUAAUCAAGAUGCCUUCAGCCCAAGAGAAGAGCCAAGAUUUGGCUAGGGAUGAAAAACUCAGAGACAAAUGGUUUGCAACAUCUAAAGAUAAUUCUCGACGUACUGACUACACUUUAUAUUUGGAUGACCUGGCUUUGCAGAUUGGGGUGAAACCAAACAUAUUUAAGUUGUUUCUCACAGAUCCAGUUCUGGCCACAAAAGUUUUAUUUGGACCCUGCAAUUCUUACCAGUACCGUUUAACUGGACCUGGGAAGUGGCCUGGUGCCAGAGAAGCAAUAGUAACCCAGUGGAAGAGGAUUAAGAAACCCUUGCUCACAAGAGUUGUAAAAGAUGACCCUCAUUUCCCUUUGACAUUGCAUGUUCUUUGGUUUUUUUGGUUUGUGGUUUUGCUUGGAGCUAUUUGGAUAAUGACUUGAUCAAGCCAUAACAAUGCUGUAAAAUACAAUAUCAAUGCUAAGUUACCUUGUUAAAUUGAUUGAUGAAGUAUGUAGAAUUGCUUUGUUAAG